GAUCUCCGUAAAACAAAAAAACUUGGUAUCACUGGUAUUUUGUGUCAAAAGUGAAGUCAUGUAAAAAAUGCAAUGGGCGUUUAACAGUGAAUAAAACGAAUUAUUUUCAAUAAACAUAAAGAUAUUCAACACAUUUAUAUUAAAAGUUAUCGAAGAAGUUUAGUGAAUAUUUGAAAAAAGUUGAUUAAAACAUUUAAUCACGCCAAAACAACGGUUUAAGUCUAAGGAUCACAUAAUAAUGCCACCAUUGAAGACAUACUCGCCACACAACGAAUUCAAUGCAAAUUGUCACAAUGGCAAUAGUACAACUGGCGAAGGUGAAAGUAAUACAUCGGCCGCUGCCGCAACAGCAUCUUCAAACCUAAGUGAUAUUUGUGGUGCUGUAAGUAAUGCAGGUGCACAACAACGCGCUUCACUGCCUUGUUACAGCAAUGCACAAUUUCCAUUCAAAGUGCUAGCCAAUUUAAAUCAAUUACGUGCAGAAUCGCGUUUCUGUGACGUAGAAAUUGUUGCUGGUGGUAUUACAUUCAAUGCACAUAGGGCAGUAUUAAGCGCGGCCAGCGCCUACUUUGAGGCAAUGUUCCGCCCUGAACUUGGUUUGAAUGAAGUGAAUCAAAAGUCAGUGGUGUUGCACACCAUAGAUGGCGAGAUCUUAAGCAUUCUACUAGAUUUUAUAUACACAGGACGAUGUGAAAUUACACAGUCUAAUGUUCAAGAGCUAUUAGCUGCAGCUGAUAUGCUACAGUUGCCGGAAGUUGUUGACGGCUGCUGCGACUUUCUCUGCCGCGAAUUACAUGCCACCAACGCAUUGGGCAUUCUCCGCUUUGCAGAAGCUCAUAAUUGUGAGACUUUAAAGAAAAGUGCAUUGAACUUUGUGCACUCAAACUUUCCGGCGAUAACCCUCGAAGAUGAAUUUUUAGACACACCACAAACUCUACUCGCUCAGCUACUUACUUCCGAGCAACUGCGUGUCGAUUCUGAAUCUCAAGUUUUCCAAGCGGCCCUACGUUGGAUAAAACAUGAUGUUACUCAACGUCGUUGCUACGUCUUCGACACGCUAUCACAUGUGCGUUUAGCACUUGUACCCGUCAAAGUAAUCGAUCAGGCAUUGAAGGAUUGCCGCGAUAUGUCCGUAAAGAUUGCCUUACGUUCUAUUUGUCGCGAUAUAGCCUCGAAGCGUGGCCAAUUAGUGCCACUACGUGUCUGUCCGCGUCAACAAGCUAAAAAGAACAUCUAUAUAAUUGGUGGUUCGCGACGUGAGUCACAACGUGACUGGACACCGUCCGAUUGUAUUUUCGAAACAGUCGCAAAGUUCGAUAUCUUUCGACGAGAGUGGUCCGAAACGGCACCAAUGGAAAUCGGACGCAUUCUGCCUGGUGUGGCUGCGUUGAAUGGAAAAAUAUAUGUCAUAGGUGGCGAACGUGGAUCUCAAAUUCUGGCUAACGGUGAAGUAUAUGACCCACAAACUGAUGUAUGGACACCGAUAGCACCAAUGAUUGUGCCGCGUUGUGAGUUUGGUCUAUGCACCUUUGGUGGCACACUGCUGGCGGUAGGCGGCUGGUUAGGUGACGAUAUAGGCGGUUCAAUUGAGUGCUAUGAUCCUGAAAAAAAUGGAUGGAGCAAGUUGGGGGAGUUGCCAGAACCACGUUUUAGUAUGGGCGUAGUAAGUUUUGAAGGACUUAUUUAUAUAGUUGGUGGCUGCACAACAUCAAGUCGUCAUUUGCCCGAUUUAAUAAGUUUCAAUCCCAUAACUCUCGAUUGGCAACCGAUGGCACGUAUGCGCACCGCCCGCUGUCAAAUGGGUGUAGCCGUGCUAAAUCGUCAUCUCUACGUAGUGGGCGGCAACAGUAGUUCACAGGAUGUGCUGAGCACAGUUGAGCGUUACAGUUUCGACGAUAAUAAGUGGGAGAGUGUGUGCUCUAUGUCUGUACCACGUGCUAUACCCGCUGUAGCUGCUGCUGAUGGGCUACUCUAUGUGGCUGGCGGCGAUCAGCCAUGCGAGGAUAACUUUUAUCGUGCUCAUAUCACAAUCAACGCCGUGGAAGCAUAUGAUCCCCUGACUGACACUUGGAAGAAUUGCCCUGAUUUGCCUGUUGGGCGCUCGGAGGCUGGCGCUGUCGUUGUUUAACGCAUAUUUAUGCAUAGCAACGUGACACUUUUGGGCAAUAACAACUGCUGCGUUUAUAUCGUUGUGCGUUUAGUGAAAAUUAUGAAGUGUUUUACGAAACGUAUGCGAUAAAUUUAAUAUACGAUAGAUAGGGUAUGCAUUUGUAUUAUAUGUAUUUCCUGAUUUCAUAAUAUUAUGAUUUUUUAAAAUAUUUUUACAUUCUAAAUAUAAAAUUAAAAUUAAGAUUUCGCAUUAAUAAGCCACAACUAUUCAUAUUACUUGAAAAUAUUAUUUUUGUAUAUUAUGCAUUUAUUAGAGUGCGAAUUGGAACGCCCUUAAACUCUUAGGGUUGCAAAUUUUUUAAUUGAAAAAUGUUGCAUUAAAAUUAAUUCAAUUUUUAAUUUUAAUUUGUUAUUAUAAGUUAAAUUUUCUUUGCUUAUUCAUAAUUUAUUUGAAACAACAACAAAAAAGUUUAUGGUUCCAAUUUCUGUUUUAAUAAUUGAGUUUAAAAAUUUUGUUUGGAAUUAAAAAUUCAAAAUUAUGAGAAAAUAUUACUGAUUUAAAAAUUUGAGUAACAAAUAGGAAAUUGUUUUUAAAUUAAAAACUGGAAUGGGAAAAAAGAUAAAUUGACAAAAUUCUAACCAAAAAACUGUAUUUAAAAUCAGUUAAAUAUCAAAGCGACAAGAACUAACAAACAAACUAUUUUAUUAAAAAUAAGCCUUAAUUUUGAAAAGUUAACAAAAGUGGUACGCAAACACGAGAAAAAAAAUUCAAUCAAACUUUCUAUUGUUUGUGAUUGUUUUUUUGUACCGGUGUUUGGUAUUUUCGUUCCGAUAUUUAGAAUUGAACGUUGAAAAUUAUUUUUAAUUACGAAAUAAAUAAUAUUUAGUUCAAAUGUUAAUUCAAAUAUAUUGGAAUAAUUUGCAACCCUGAAAAUUAAAAUUAAAACGGCAACUACGUAUAAAAUUAAUAUAAACAAAACGUGCAAAUUGUUUUGAAAGUGCCUAACAUUGGUACGUAAACAUCAAUAAAUAAAUAAAUGAUACCAAAGUGAUCAAUAUAUUAUUUAAUGUUUUGUUGAACUUUUGAGCGCCAAGACUGUUGAAAAGUUCUUUCAAUUAUGUAUUUAUUCAAACCUUGCAGAAUUUUCUAAAAUGGAGUAAACAAAUAGGCUUCCAAUUGUAAUUGUUAACAAAACCUAAAUGAGAUAAAUAAAUACAGACAUAUGUCAAAUUUAGCAAGUAAAAUCGAAAUUCACCGUAUAUCUACAAAAAAUAUUUAAAAAGACUACAAAGUUAAUUUGAAACGCUAUAAUAUUAAAAAUUAUAAACUUACAUAUAACGGUGUCUUUUUCAUAACAAAACACAACAAAUGUAUGUAUGUAUGUAAGUAUCCUGUAGUGCGUAUUUAAAAUACUGUUAGCACUGUCCGUAAUAACUGCAAAUACAAAAUUAUCUGUGAAUAUGUUGUAACUAAUUGUAUUAAAAAAGCUUUUAUUAUACUAAAAUAGAAUGAAGUUAUGUGACACGUCUAAUUUAUGGUUGAACUAAUGUGUCUUUUUUUUGUAAUAACAGCAGCAAAUUAUGCUCAUAAUUUUUGCUUUCAAAAAACUUAAAACUGAGGAAAAAUCAAAUAAUAUAUAUACACAUAUGUAAAGUAAAAUUUCAACGUUAACGCAUGGCUAAAAAAAAAAAAACAAAAACAAAAAUUAUUUUUAUUUGGAGCAGAUAUAAGUAUGUAAUAGUACUAUUGAUGUUGUUACUUUGCUAACUAUAAAACUGCGCUGCUAGUUGAAUAUAUAAGAUAAUCGCAGAAACAUUAUGUAAUUGUUAUUUUUUAAGUUUGUGUGGAAUCGAUCUGAUCGUUCUAAAAUAAAAAUACAUAAAACAAGUAAGGAAGAGCUAAGUUCAGGUAUAACCGAACAUAAACAUACUCUUGCAACUUGUAAGGAUAUAUGUAAGCCAGGGAAAUAACUUCAGUUACAUAAGCACUGUUAGAUUUGUCCGAUUUCAUUCUUUUUACACUGUCGGUAGGAAUUCAUGUAAUAUUUGCGCUAAGUGAAUUUGGAAAGUGACCAUGCCCACUUUUCAAAGUUUUUGGCAUAUAGCUGUCCCUUGCUACUGCGAUCCCCUGUAUCAAAUUACAGGUCUAAAUCUUAAUUUAAUGCUUAGUUAUGGUUUUUAUAAGCUUUCGGUUAAUGGCGUUUGGUGGGCUUGGCAGUCCGAUUCCGCCCAACUACGAACUCAUAUUUUUUUGCCAAUAGCGCGGAUAUACCAAGUUCCAAGAUAUCUCAAUUUUUAAUGAAGGUACAGCUUGCACGGUCGGUCACCCCGAUUUCAACACGUUUCUUCAUUUUGAUCAUUUAUAUAUACAUACAUACAUAUAUGUAUGUUUAACAAUAUAUAUCUAUCCCGCUUGUUUUUAGGUGAUACGUACAACCGUUAGGUGAAUGAAACUGUUAUACACCGUAGAAACAUGUUGCAAGAGUAUAAAAAAUCAAACUCUUGUGAAGAUAACAAAUAAAAUUAUGCCACAUAAAAUGUUGUAUCAAAUGACUAAAUAGAGUACAGACAUAAGUAU